GUAAAUUUGAAGGUAGAUACCCAGUAUUUGUAUGAGCAGUUCUGAUUGAUCCAAUGGAUGUAAUGCAGCAGCAGGCGGGAAUUCGAAGUGAUAUUUCUAGUUACUGCGGCACCUUACCCAGAGGUGCGGUACGUACCUACUGUGGUGGCGGGGCUCGAAUUGAGUUUGAAGUCCGCAUUCCAUUAUCGCGACCAAGCGCGUCUUCCCUCACAUUUUGAGGAGUUUGGUAAUUACGCCUCCAACCGCGUCCAAACUCCCCAAAAAUGGCCCAGCCAUCAGCUAAUCCGUUACUAUCACCGCCAGAGCUCACGCCCCUCGAGCAAGAGGUGAUAGAUGAGUAUGAGCGGUUGGCAGAAAACAUGAAGAAGUUGGCGACAGUUCUCGACUCCAUGGCCGGUCAACCAACGACGGAAAUCCUCGACGGGCUGCGCGAACUCGAGCGCAAGACGAGCUUGGUAUUUACCCUGCUGAAGGCGAGCGUGUACAGCAUUGUACUGCAGCAGGAGAUCGACUGGGGUGAUCAGGCACGGCAUUAAGGGGUAGAAAUGUGGAUGCGAAGUUGCUGCGGAACGGGGGCUGGAGCGGAAUGGCGGCUACGAAGACAAAGCAAAUGCAUUUAGAUGGAAAAGCUAAGAGCGUGAAGUAAACAUGGAAUGACAUAGCACGACACAGCAACUGGAAGAAUGAUGCCCGGAGUUGACGAGCAUGAUGAACAUACACAAAUAUACACAGGAGGCGCUGCUCAGCGACAUGCUUUUGCCAUGGCUAGGGGACCUUCUUGUCUACAGAUUCUUUGUUCUUAUACAGGCGGUUA